AUGUAUGGUCACCCUUGGCCUAUUCGGGGGUUGAGCCGACUUUUGCUUUCCGUUGUUGCCGGUAUGCUCCAAGAAGUCACAUCCAGGAAUGCUUGA